CCCCAAAAAAAACACGUUCACUUCCAACAGCAGCCGGAAUGCCUAUGCAAAUUAGGUGAAAAGAAAGAAACGUGGGCAUGGGAGUACCCACGCCUUCUCCAGUAUGCGAUCGAUAGGGGAUAUUAGGACCAGUUGGAGUGGUAAACUCACAUAACGGGGUCUAUUUAAACAGUCAGCUGAAUGAAACCCUAGCUGCCAGCCACUAGAUAACUUUACCCACUUAUUUCUACAGAGCACUUAUGAUUUUUGCUUUUGAUUUUUAAUUUCAAAAAUUAGAUUUUUUUAAAUGCCGGUUUUGUGUAGCUACUUCCCGACUCACUGUUUUCUAUGCAAUUGCUGGUUUUCUCAGAAUGAUUCCGGUAAUUGAAUGAUUCGAACAGAGGGGAAAAGAAGUUGGCGCGCAAGGUUUUCGACAUGCCAGAGAAUGUUUCUUUCCUCAGGAACCGCACGGAACUGGGACACAGUCGAGCUUUGGGACUGGGUGCGCGUCCUGCCUGGGCUAUCACGGUGCUGGCCAGCGUGCUGAUCUUCACCACAGUAGUGGAUGUCUUGGGAAAUCUUCUGGUGAUUAUUUCAGUUCUUAGAAAUCGGAAGCUUAGAAAUGCUGGGAAUGUGUUUGUUGUAAGCCUGGCCUUCGCUGACCUGGUGGUGGCAUUUUACCCAUACCCACUAGUGCUAUAUGCCAUUUUCCAUGAUGGCUGGUCCCUGGGCGACACGCAGUGCAAGGUGAGCGGCUUUCUGAUGGGCCUGAGCGUCAUCGGUUCCAUCUUCAACAUCACAGGCAUUGCCGUCAACCGCUACUGCUACAUCUGCCACAGCUUCUCCUAUGACAAGCUCUAUAGUUACCGCAACACCCUGCUGUUUGUGGCCCUCAUUUGGCUGCUGACGGUCGUUGCCAUCGUGCCAAACUUCUUUGUGGGUUCCCUGCAGUACGAUGCCCGCAUCUACUCCUGUACCUUUGCCCAGACGGUGAGCAGCUCCUACACCAUUACUGUGGUGAUUAUCCACUUCAUCGUGCCCAUCAUGGUAGUGACAUUCUGCUACCUGCGGAUAUGGAUCCUCGUCAUUCAGGUGCGGCGGAAGGUGAAGAGUGAGGUGAGGCCACGGCUAAAGCCCAGCGACCUGAGGAACUUUGUCACCAUGUUCGUGGUGUUCGUCCUCUUCGCCAUCUGCUGGGCGCCGCUGAACUUCAUCGGCCUGGCGGUGGCCAUCAACCCUACGGUGGUGGCACCUCGCAUCCCCGAGUGGCUCUUUGUGGUCAGCUACUUCAUGGCCUAUUUCAACAGCUGCCUUAAUGCCAUCAUUUAUGGACUGCUCAACCAGAACUUCAGGAAAGAGUACAAAAGGAUUGUGAUGUCCAUGUGGAUGCCCAAGCUGUUCUUUCAGGAGACGUCCAGGGGAGGUACAGAGGCAAUGAAAAGCAAGCCCUCGCCAGCCCUGAACAACAAUGAACAAAUGAAAGGCGAGACCUUGUAAUCCUCAUAAUAUCUACAGCCAAUUUUAUUUAAUUUUUUCUUUACACUUGUGCCGGUUCUGUACUGUAUUUAUCUCAUGGAGAUUCAGUAAACUCAAAAGUGUGUGUGUGUGUGUGCUUGUGUGAGUGUGAGAGUGAGAGAGAAAGAGAGACUAAUUUAUUUUUAAACAUUAGUGCCACUCAUGAAUCAUAUAUAGCAUAUGUAUCAUAUCUUUAUGUAAACCUCAGGUUGCCUCUUCUGCUGCUGUAGCAAUACGAAUUUCUACAAGUGGAAGCACCAAAAGUUUAUCAAUUUCUUUUUCAUGUAAAUGUAUUCAAAAGGAAUGAUAAGAAAGCUUUCAUUACGAUGAAACUGGCGUGUUUCCAAAAUGCUCAUUUUUAUGCAUUUUAUUACCAAUUUAACCAUUUUGUACAUUGGGAUGGAAACAUGAGGCAGAACAUUUGGAAUUUGAACCUUGCAUUUUGAAAAAAUGCAUCUCAUUUCAUGACACACACAAAUACACUCUAUGCCUUUUGAUUGACAUAUGACGUCACACAGCUCUAGCCAGUGCUUUCGCACAAAUGGAGCUUUGAAAAACAGGGCCGAACUCUUCUAAUAACAUCAACAUACCUGAUUUGCCAAAAAACUUUAAUACUGACAUUCCCUCAAACCAGCACUUAUUUUGGUUUUAUAUCCUUUUAAAUCUAUAAAAAAUGUAUUUCAUAUGAAUAAAAACAAUAUGGUGGUUUCUUAGAUAACUAAAAUGAAAACAUUUAAGACAAAAACAGAUGUAAAAAUCAAAUCACAACAAAGGGUAAUUUGCAGUAGUCAGGAAGCAAGGAAUCCCAAAUCCAUUAUUCUUUGGAAAAGCACAAUACAAUUACAUUUAAACUCAGAUUACAGUGUUCAAAUCCAGUUUGCUGUUUCUAUUAUACUCUUACAAAGACUAUGCAUUUAUGCUUCCUCGUAUAAAUAUCAAGUACUUUACAUCUCUGCAAUGAACAAAAAUGUCAUGAAUUUUGAACAAUUUACUGCAAUAUUGGCCAUAGAGAUUUAUUAAGUCAUUUUAAGGUAAUAUAAUUUUUAUUUGGGACAGCAUUUGUGAGUUUAUAAGUUACUAUGUCUACUGAUGAUUUGCUGCUCCCAGAUAUGAUAGUGAUGUUUCAAAGGAUAUAGAAUGUGCAUGGAUUUGAUUGCUUUAGGUUUCAUUCAUGAAGGAGACACAAUGUUAUUGUGCUAGUGAGCAAAGAAUAGAGAGGAAGAUUAGCCUUAAUGGUUAUUCAACUGUCUGCUUUUGUGGAAUGUAUGCAUGUUGAACAAAAGAAGAUGAUAGCAAAGUGUAUAUUCAACUUUAGACUAUGGCUCCUGUUUCAGAAUGUAACAAGUUAUUAUUGUGGGUUUUAUGGAUGUCUGUCAGGGAUUUCUUGUUAUAUUAUUUUUGUCUUGAUAUGACUUGCAAUGAAAUUGCUAAGGGGAUUCAUUUAGAAGACCGCUG